GACGAUCUGCAGAGCUUGACCGAGAUAUCGAAACGAUGGACGAGCUGAUGUCAAAUGAAGUGUGAAAUAAGUGGACGACGAUCGGAGCCAGAAACGAACCUCGGCUCGUGCCAAUCAAUCUCCCCGCAAUUCUUCCUGACACUCGCAUUCCUUCUCAUUGCUCCUGCAGCCUCCAACCUCAACCAAGCAACGCCUCUGAGACCUCCCUCGACAUGUUACACUUCCGCACCGAAGGAUACAACGGUUAUGCGGUCAAAUACUCCCCGUUUUUCGACAACCGACUGGCAGUAGCGUCAUCGGCCAACUUCGGCCUAGUCGGCAAUGGACGUUUGUUCAUUCUUGAAUUGACCCCCCAGGGCAUCGUGCCUGCUAAAUGGUUCACUACUCAAGAUUCCCUCUAUGACCUCGCCUGGUCCGAAGCCAACGAACACCAAGUCCUAACCGCCUCUGGAGACGGCAGUAUCAAGCUCUUUGAUUGCACACUCAAUGAUUUCCCCAUCCAGGGUUGGAAAGAACACAAUCGUGAAGUCUUUAGCGUCAGCUGGAACCUGGUUUCGAAGGACACCUUCUGCUCAAGCAGCUGGGAUGGCACAGUUCGCAUUUGGUCUCCGCAUCGCCCGCAUUCCCUCAUGACCCUUCCCACCCACAGCUGUACCUACUCUGCCGACUUCACGCCACACUCUCCAGACAUUCUCUCCUGCGUCGCUUCAGAUUCAUAUCUCCGCAUAUACGAUCUCCGUACACCGGCUUCGGCCUCAAAUCACCUCACCCUCCAGAUCCCAAUCCACGCAGCUCCUGUUUCUCCGAUACCGGGCAAACCGGGUGCCCCGCCGGCUGCAUGCCCACCUUCUGAAGCACUCACACACGACUGGAACAAGUAUCGGCCAUCGGUAGUUGCUGUCGCAGGCGUUGACCGCACAAUACGCACAUUUGACAUUCGCGCUCCGCAACAAGGGCCACAGACUGUGAUGAUCGGUCACGACUAUGCCGUUCGCCGGGUUGCAUGGUCACCACACCUCUCAAAUAUCCUGCUCAGUGCUAGCUACGAUAUGACAUGUCGUGCUUGGAGCGACCAGUCCCCCGCCGGCGUAAUCGGAGAUACAGACCUUAUGCGGUCUGGGCCUACGCCGAUCAUGGGUGCCGAGCUUGGCCGAAUGAACCAGCAUACCGAGUUUGCGACGGGCGUCGAUUGGUGUCUUUUCGGAAGCGAGGGGUGGUGCGCGAGCGUUGGGUGGGAUGAGAGCGUGUAUGUAUGGGACGUUCGAGCUGUGAUGGGAUAGAAUACGGCGUUUACCCUUUUCAAUCUUCAUUCCUCUUUUAUUCACUGGAUUCUUCUCUGUAUUGGAUAUUAGAUCGCAUGACACAUGAUACCUUUUUUUAUUUUCUCUUACUUUUGGCUCACUAUUUUUCUUUUUUAUCACUUUCUUCCAUGUUCAUUUUUGGACUUAAGGAAUAGGAAUGCCCCAUCCAG